AUGUACGCCGCUCAGAAUAUAACGCCAACAGUUUUGGAUGCCAUGAACGGAAAUGUUUCCGAAUGGUAUAACGAAUGCGACAAUGCCAUUAGAAGGUCAGAAAUAGUUCCUGGAACUUACGAAUAUACAACUGCUGUUUCUUAUGGAAACGUAGGUGAGUUUGGAGAAGGUUCUUCAACAACAGUAGAUAUUGCUUGCGACAGGUUUCAUAUUAUUUCUAUUGACAACUCAUUCUUAUACGUGGAACAAGACAUUGAAAUAAAACCUUCUGCCAAGUUGUCUGACAAGAAAGGUUGCAAUGGAAUUUUCUAUGUCGGAUACCAAUAUGCUCCAGAAGUUUUCAUGGGAUAUAAGAUAUAUUCUAACUCUGACUUAGUUCAAACAGUAACAUGGGCAAACUAUGAAUGGUUCGCUUUGAGAAACUCAGUACAACCACAAGCUAGAGAACAAACAGACCAGUAUGCAACUAUUGAGAAAAUAAGAAGACUUGACCCUAACGUUCCAGGAGUUUAUGUUAACCUUUCUGGUUCAGAUGGAAAUGCUGCCACUAAAGUAAAACUGAAACUUAGAGUUCCUUUGUCAUCUU